UUUGACGUGUUUUUAAGUUUUAGAGGUCUUGACACUCGUCAUAACUUCACUGAUCACCUUUAUAACGCCCUAAUCGAAGCUAAUCUCACAACUUUCUUAGACGAAGAAGAGAUCGAAACCGGACUAUAUUUGAAACCAGAAUUGGAGAGUGUAAUCAAAGCAUCCAGGGCUUCUAUUAUUGUGUUGUCUCAUAAUUAUGCUACGUCGACGUGGUGUCUUAACGAACUAGCAUUGAUCCUUGAACAAUGUAGGAUCUCUGACCAUAUUGUUAUCCCAAUCUUCUAUCAUGUCGAGCCUACCGAUGUCAGGAAGCAACAAUCCAACUUUGGGGAUGCAAUGGCAAAGCAUAAAGAGAUGAUGAUGUCAGAGAAAAAUGCAGAAAAAAGAAGUCAGUGGGCUCAGAAAAUGGAGUUAUGGAAUACGGCGCUAUCGGAAAUUGCUGAUUUAAAAGGAAAAACCGCAAAGGGCAGGAAAGAGACGGAGUUCAUUGAAGAAAUUGUUACCGACAUCAUUCGUAGGUUAGGUGUACCCUUACGAGUAGCUUUGCCACUCCUUAUCGGCAUGCACCAUCACAUUAGAUUCAUUAGUUCUUGGUUGAAAGAUGGAUCAUCUCAUAGUGCCGAUAUUCUCACAAUUAUAGGCAUGGGUGGGAUUGGGAAGACAUCUUUGGCCAGAUAUGUCUUUGGAUUACACUGUCGUGAAUUCGAAAGAUGGAGCUUUAUUGAAGAUAUUAGUAGGAGGUGUAACGGACAAUUUAAUGGAUUGCUUGAUAUACAAAAACAAAUAUGUGGUGACAUUUCGAAAACAAGUUCAGUUCAUGUUCAUGAUGUUUUUGUAUAUACCUCUCAGAUUGAGAAUGCAAUAGCCCGUAAAAAGGUGUUUCUAGUUCUUGAUGAUGUUGAUAGUCUCGAUCAGCUGGAUGCCUUACUUGGAAACAAAGGUUUUCAUCCAGGAAGCAAAGUCAUAAUAACGAGUAACGACACGUUGUUGACAGAGAAGUGUGAGCUAUUCAACUCGAUAGUUCAACCAAAGCAUACAAAGCACUUGCUUGUAGGUUUAGAUGAAUAUGAAUCACUAAAUCUUUUAAGUUUUCAUGCAUUUAAGUCCAACAGUCCGGAGGAAGGUUACAAAGAGGUUUCGAAAACACUUGUGAAGUAUUGUGAAGGACAUCCAUUGGCUCUAGAAGUGUUGGGAAAGUCUCUACGUAAUCGAGAUGUAGUUGAAUGGGAGGAUUACAUUGACAGAUUAAAGAAAGUGCCUCAUUCCCAUAUUAAAAAGGUUUUCCAAAUGAGCUUGGACUCUUUGGAGGAGGAUGAUAAGGAAUUGUUUAAACAUAUUGCUUGCUUUUUUGUUGGAGAAGACAGGGAAUCAACUAAAACAAUAUUAAAUGGAUGCGGAAUCCACACAGUUUUUGGGAUCAAGAAUCUCAUUGACAGAUGCCUUCUUCGGAUUGGAUGGGAUAACAAGUUGAUGAUGCAUCAACUGCUUCAAGAGACAGGAAGAGAUGUUGUACGUCAGGAAUCACCUGAGAAGCCAUGGAAACGAAGUCGAUUAUGGUGUCAUGAGGAGUCAUUCAAAGUGUUGAAACACGAAAAGGGUAAGGGAAAUCUUCUUGGCCUUGUGCUUGACAUGAGAAUGCUUGAGAAAGACAAGUUAUUUCAGUUGAAUACAAAUGCAUUGAUUAAGAUGGAUAAUCUGAUGCUACUACAACUCAAUUAUGUGCAACUCACCGGGUCCUAUAAGAAUUUUCCACAAGAAUUAAGAUGGCUGUGUAUGCACAAGUUUUCUUUAGAGUAUAUACCUCGAGACUUACUAUCACAAUUGGAGAAUCUGGUUUCUCUUGACAUGUCUUAUAGCAAUUUUAAAUCAUUGGACAUGUCUUAUGGUAAACCACAACAUCAUGAGAAUAUGGAAAAGUUGAGUGGCUCGUGCUUAAAAGACAAACGAUUUCUUAGAUCAUUGAAGAUUCUUAAUCUAAGUUCCUGCAAACAACUUCGUAGUCUCAGUGGCUUUGUCGAACUCCCAGCACUUGAGAGGUUAAUACUUGCAAAUUGCACAAGUUUGAUUGAGGUCUGUGGAUCAAUUGAGCAAUGUGAUGAACUUGUCCUCAUCGAUCUAAGUUACUGCAAUGAGUUUAAAAAUCUUUUAAGAACUAUAGGCAAGUUAAAGAAGGUCAAAACACUAUUAUUAGAUGGUUGUAAUCUUGGUGAAUUUUCUAUCAAGAAGAGGGAUACAGAAUCAUCGGAAAUGCUCAAGGCUAACAAGAGUGGCAUAAACUCCCAAACUUCUUCUGUCAUUGUGGAGACAAUACCUAGAGAUUUUAGAUCCUUUGUAAUUUCUUCACUGAGCUCAUUAGUAUGCUUGUCACUUAAAGAUAAUAAGUUGUCCAACGAAUCCUUUCCAAUGGACUUCAGUAACCUAUCCAUGUUGAAAGAGUUGUAUUUAGAUGGUAAUUCAAUAGUUUCACUCCCCAAUUGUGUGAGAGGCCUUCCUAGACUUGAGAAACUUAGUAUCGAAAAGUGUGAUAGAUUGAAGACAUUAGAGCAUCCUCCACGUACGUUAAAACACUUGAUAUUUGGUUUUAGGUACGAGUUAGAGAAAGUCGUAUUCCAUCAAGAAAUGUCCCCAAUCAUGUUAAGUAUCAAUACAAAUUUGGGGUCUUUUAUUGAAGGCAUGUUCAAAGUGGAAGAUAUGGCAAAUGUUGAGGAAGACGUAUUACGUAGUUUGGGCUGGACUAAUUUAGAGUUCACCAAAAACACACUGAUAAAGACACGACCUAAAGUCCAGAUGCAAUAUGAAUUUGGGAUAUUCAGCACAGUUUUUCGUGGGAAGGAGGUUCCGAAUUGGAUUAGUGAUAGAAGGGAAGGGUCAUCGAUAUCAUUUACCAUCCCAUCAUCUCCUAACAACCUUAGAGGAUUGAAUUUUUGCUAUGUGUUCAUGAAUACAGGUAUAAAUGGCUACAUUCUGUCACCUAUCAUUGUUUCGAAUGUAACAAAGAUCCGCACCUAG